UAUUUCUUUGCUUUCAUGUAUAUGUACGUAGCUAUUAGCAUAUGGAGGUAAUGGUCGUUUUAAUGCACAAUCACCCUAAUCUCCUUGCAACAAAAGCAUUAUAAGGCAAUUAAUUAAUGUAUCUGAGCUUGCCAAAACUCAUUGGAUGAUGCAUGGAUUCAGACUUCCUUCCUCCAACAAAACCUGCAACAAGAUAUAAAAAAGUGAAAUUCACUUGUUAGACAUGUAAAUAUAUAUAGUGGAAGUGUGAAUAAGCACAGCCCCAACAAUGGCCUCCCUCUCUUCUCCUUCCAUUUUUCCAAAAUCACAGGAAAUCUUCUCCCCCCCUCCCCUCACCUUCCUCCCAAAACGCUCCUCCUUUCGAGAAAUCCAACAGCUCCACGCCUCCGCCAUCAAACUCCGCCGCCUCAACAACUCCUUCCUCUUCAACCUCAUCGACUCCCUCUCCCUCAACCCUACCCCCGCCUCCAUGCACUACGCCCACAAACUGUUCGACCAAAUUCCCCAUCGGGAUGCUGUCAUCUUCAACACACUUAGCCGCGGAUACUCACGUUCUCACGACCCGCACCAGGCCAUCGUCCUGUUCUGCGAGAUGCUCAUGGCUUCCAUCCCCCCCGAUUCCUACUCCUUCCCCUCCCUGCUCAAAGCCUGCGCAUCCACCCACGCACUCCCUCAAGGGAGGCAGGCUCAUGCCGCCGCCAUCAAACUCGGCUUCGCUCUCAACGCCUUCGUCCUCCCCAGCCUAAUCAGCAUGUACUCCCAAUGCGGCGACGUCGAAGCCGCGCGAACCAUCUUCGACAAGGGGACGGACCGGUGCGUCAUCUCGUUCAACUCCAUGAUCACGGCUUUCGUGCAGAGCAGUCGCCCAGGCGAGGCCUUGGCGUUGUUCAGAGAGAUGCAGACCAGACAGCUCCGCCCUACCUACGUCACCGUCCUCGGCGUUCUCGCCGCCUGCGCAUUGAUCGGCGCUAUCCACCUUGGAAAAUGGAUCCAUGAGUAUGCGGAGAAGAACGGCUUCUCAUCGUGCGUUAAGGUUAACACAGCUCUCAUCGACAUGUACGGGAAGUGCGGGAGCUUGGAAGAUGCCAUCGCGGUCUUCGAGGGGAUGGAGUUUCGAGAUGCCCAGGCAUGGUCGGCCAUGAUCAUCGCCCACGCGAUUCACGGACAGGGGAGCGAGGCACUCAAGCUGUUCGACGAAAUGCGCCGCAUGGGAAUUAGUCCGGACGGCAUAACUUUCAUCGGAAUUUUAUACUCUUGCAGUCACUCCGGCAUGGUGGAACAAGGCCUUCGAUACUUUCGCGACAUGAGCAAUGAUUACGGCAUUGUUCCCGGUAUCAAACAUUACGGCUGCAUCGUUGAUCUGCUGGCUCGGACGGGGAGGCUGGAAGAGGCUUAUGAUUUCAUCAAUGGUUUGCCGAUCAAGCCGACGCCGAUUCUGUGGAGGACUCUGCUAUCGGCCUGCGGAAGCCAUGGGAACGUUGAGCUCGGGAAGAAGGUGUUCGACAGAAUCAUUGAACUGGAUGACUCGCAUGGCGGUGACUACGUGAUCUUAUCAAACCUGUGCGCAUUGAAUCGAAUGUGGGAGGAUGUGAACGAGAUUAGGAAAAUGAUGAGUGAGAGAGGGGUGGCGAAGGUGCCGGGAUGCAGCUCCAUUGAAGUCGACAGCAAGGUGCACGAGUUCUUCGCGGGGGACGGGAAGCAUCCAGACUCCAACGAGGUGCGGAGGAUGGUGGAUGAGGUUAUGGAGGAACUGAAAGCGGUCGGUUAUGUGCCGGAUACCGGUAAGGUGCGUCAUGUGGAUCUGACGGAGGAGGAGAAGGAAGAGAGCCUUCGAUAUCACAGCGAGAAGCUGGCGAUUGCGUUCGGGCUGAUGAAGACGCCGCCGGGAACAACAAUUCGUGUGGUGAAGAAUCUGAGGAUCUGCAGUGAUUGUCACGCGAUGGCCAAACUGGUAUCGAUGGUGUUUGGGAGGAAGAUAAUCCUUCGGGAUCUCAAUAGGUUCCAUCAUUUUGCUGGGGGUCACUGCUCCUGUGCUGACUACUGGUAGAAAGAUUCAAAACUUGUCAGACGACAAAUAGCCGACGAGAUGAUAAUUGACGACAAAUAGCCGACAACAUGUUGUAGUUGAUAAGCCAUAAAAAUUUACAUAUUAUUGUUAAUAAAUGAUAAUUUUUUUUUUAAUUAUUUCAUCGCAAAUAAUCCAAAUA